CGCCGAGUAUCGCACGCCAAUUCGGAUACCGAGAGCGGCGUGGAAACCAACUCGGUCGGUGGAGCCAGUACUCUUUCGGCGUCAGACCUUCCCAUCCGAGUUCCAAUCACGUCCGCACUUGGUUUGGUUGAUCCUGCAUCCGUAGGCUCUUCCAAUCAGAACGUCACUGGUAAUGUGAUCGGUGUAAAUUCCACAUCGUCCCCUGCCGUGUUCCCGGAGAUCGAACUCCUUUUGAAACCGCAUCCUUUGUAUUUUGCCGGAGGAACAAUAGGUCGGCCGUCUAGCCCCUCAGCUCCCGCUACCACGCGCCAUACUUCGUCGAAUGGAGAUGGGGCUGGUACGAGCAUUGGGCCUGUAAAAUACCUGAAAGCGCCUACCAUCACAACAGUGGAUCACCUGUGCCGUUAUCUAACAGUCCGUGUGAACCUGCAGCGACUGCAUCGCGAGCUUACUGACGACCGCGUCAACUUCGCCUUGUACACUUACAACGAGGCUACCAAUACCUACACGCGCCUAGGAUCUCACAUGUCCAUCGAAGAACUCAACCGCGGACAACAACCACAGUCCCCCUGUCUCGAUCUCUACUAUGCACUUGAUGACGCGCCUUCAAGUCCUCUUACUGAUUCGGGUGCUUGAACCACCAGACUAACACUUGUCAGGCGAUUUUUUUUCCGAAAUCGAAUGAUGGAUUUCGCUCGUUUUGUCACGCGCAUUUAUAAUUUCUCACCCUGUGAUAACAUAUACCACCACUGACUGGACGGUCAGCCAGACAAUGGUUCGUAUGCCCUCCCAUUAAAAGUUCGCAUGUUCAUUUUGAUACUGGAUAUGGAUUUUUACGGUAUUGACUUUAUCUGUAAUUGUUUUACUCGUCGGAACAGUGUUAAGUGAGCCCUUACCAGUGUAGUUUAGUGGAGGUACCACUCAUGCAAAUGGAGUUGUUUAGGCUAGCAAUGCGGCUUUUUACCGCAGUAAACUCUAUUUCUCUGAGUUAGUGGAUAGUUCCACUUACUCCACAACUUAAUGAUAUUGUGUCCAUCUUGUCUUCGAAGGUGCAAUCUUCCAAUGAUCACCAAGAUGUGCUUUCAACAAUAUCUCGCGAUACGGGACGAAGCAGAAUCAAUGAUGUCAGCCUCGGCGUGCAGUAAUCCACUGACAAUCGGUUGAGCUAUGGACUACAUAAAUGCUUGGUUCAUC